AUGAGUGGGUACGAACGUUAUUGGCUGGGCUGGACAUGUUGGUCAGAGGUGAUACGAAAUGCCCGAAUCCUGGGUUGCCUCGUCUGGUUCCACGUACCUUCACGUCUCACUCACAAAACCCCCGAAGAGAUCCAAUCCGGAGAGUCGAUACAGGGGAUGGACAAAGUCAUGGCGGAGAAACGUAUGGCGCUGGACCUUAUUGACGGAUAUGCAGUUUCUCUCAAACAUCGCAUUCGAGGCAAGCUUGGAAUCUACUAUGAAGGCCUCUACCAUCUUAUUAGGCCUCUGCACAAGCAUGACCACACUGAUGGUCAGAACAUCCAACACGCCAUCACCUCAGGCCUUCCCGUACUUAGAAAAGCACAACGUAUCACGACGAAAACUCACAUGCAUUCUCAAUCACCACCCCGUCGCGCUCGUUCCGUCUCUCCAGAUCUUUCACUGGAAACCUCCGACCCAGCGAUCCCUACAAUCAACGCUUAUGGUACCUUCGACCGUAACAAGCUCUCAUCUAGCUCUCCGCCUCAACCUUCCCAAUUGCCGCCUCUAAGGCGCAGCGCGUCUCAUUCUUCUCAUCUCUCCAGUCAAAGUCAGCAUCAGCCUCUGCUUCCUUCAACGCAACCACCUGUAGAUACCGUCAUGGACAAAAUAUCGUCAGACCUCAUUCCUUUACGUGGGUUGGCAGCCUUGUUUCAAUGGUUCCACCCCCAGCAUGCUCUGGAGUUGCUGCCCUCAUUCGAUACCGAAGUCGACUCAGGUGCGACUUCACAGCCCCAGCCCCAGUGGCGGGGACCCGUUCAAUUAAGUAAGGAUAUUCGGAAGGUUUUAUGA